CUCUCCGCGGCCUCCGCCACCCCGGCCGAAUUCUUGCAUAAAUUAUGCCAGGCGCGCCUGACGUCAGGUGGCGGCGCGCGGGCGCGGGCGCGCCGCGGAGGGAGCCGGCCGCGGGCGCGCGCGGUCCCGGAGGCUCGUGCGCGCGGCGUGCAGGGCGCGCGCAGGCGCUGGCGUGCUGGGGCCGCGGCGGCGGCGGCGGCGGCGGCGGCGGCAGCGGUGGCGGCGGCGGCGGCGGCGCGGGGGUUGAGCCGUGGUGGUGCGGACGCGCUCGUGCUCGGGAACUAUCGGAUUAAACUUGAAUCGAGUGGAAUUACACAAAGGAGCUCCGCGGAGGAGGCGGCCCGGGGACCCGGAGACCCCGCAACUCGCCAGAGCCCCGUCCGCGCGCGGCUAACUCCGCGUCCGUGGAUCAGCCCCCGGCCGCGGCCGCCGAGCCAACUCCGGAGCCGCUCUGCGUUUUGUUCCCCACGGCGCGCGGCGGCGGACUAACCCGAGCGAACGAGCGAGCCGGACCUAUAUCCAGACUUCGCCCGGCACUGCAGGGUCCAAGAGAAUUAAAGAAAUUUAGAAUGACAUGAAGAAGAUUAGUUAAGGAUUAUAGGUUUUGAGGACAAGCACCCAGAGAAGUGAAGCACAGACAAGCUCCCAAGCUGUGUUCGGGGAAGUCGGCGUGUUAGAAGAAGAUGGCGGAUCCAGGAAUGAUGAGUCUUUUUGGCGAGGAUGGGAAUAUUUUCAGCGAAGGCCUUGAAGGCCUCGGGGAAUGUGGCUAUCCUGAAAACCCAGUGAAUCCCAUGGGUCAGCAGAUGCCCAUAGACCAAGGUUUUCCCUCCUUACAGCCGUCCCUCCAUCAUCCUUCCCCUAACCAGAAUCAAACCAAGCUGACCCACUUCGAUCACUAUAACCAGUACGAACAAAAGAUGCAUCUGAUGGAUCAGCCUAACCGAAUGAUGGGCAGCGCCCCCGGGAACGGAUUGGCGUCUCCGCACUCCCAGUAUCACACCCCUCCCGUCCCCCAGGUGCCACACGGAGGAGGCAGCGGUGGCGGUCAGAUGGGAGUCUAUCCCGGCAUGCAGAACGACAGGCACGGGCAAUCUUUUGUGGAUGGUGGCUCCAUGUGGGGCCCCCGGGCUGUUCAGGUACCAGACCAGAUACGAGCCCCCUACCAGCAACAGCAGCCACAGCCAGCUCCGUCGGGGCCACCAGCGCAGGGCCACCCCCAGCACAUGCAGCAGAUGGGCAGCUAUCUGGCGCGUGGGGAUUUCUCUAUGCAGCAGCCUCAGCAGAGGAUGAGCCAGUUUUCCCAAGGUCAGGAGGGCCUCAGUCAGGGAAGCCCUUUCAUCGCCACCUCAGGACCGGGCGGCCACUUGUCGCACAUGCCCCAGCAGAGCCCCAACAUAGCCCCUUCCCUGCGCCACCCAGUGCAACAGCAGUUCCACCAUCACCCCGCUGCUCUCCACGGAGAAUCCGUUGCCCACAGUCCCAGAUUCUCCCCCAAUCCUCCUCAACAAGGGGCUGUCAGGCCGCAAACCCUUAACUUUAGUUCUCGGAGCCAGACAGUCCCCUCCCCUACCGUAAACAACUCAGGGCAGUAUUCUCCGUAUCCUUACAGAAACCUAAAUCAGGGAUUAGUUAACAGUACAGGGAUGAAUCAAAAUUUAGGCCUUACAAACAGUACUCCAAUGAACCAGUCCGUACCAAGGUACCCCAAUGCUGUAGGAUUCCCGUCAAACAGUGGUCAGGGGCUAAUGCUCCAGCAGCCCAUCCACUCCAGUGGCUCACUUAACCAAAUGAACACACAAACUAUGCACCCUUCGCAGCCUCAGGGAACUUACGCCUCUCCACCUCCCAUGUCACCCAUGAAAGCAAUGAGUAAUCCAGCAGGCACACCUCCUCCACAAGUCAGACCCGGAAGUGCUGGGAUACCAAUGGACGUUGGCAGUUAUCCAAAUAUGCCCCACCCUCAGCCAUCUCACCAGCCCCCCGGUGCCAUGGGAAUCGGACAGAGGAACAUGGGCCCCAGAAACAUUCAGCAGCCACGGCCGUUCAUGGGCAUGUCCUCGACACCCAGGGAGCUGACCGGACACAUGAGACCAAAUGGCUGCCCCGGUGUCGGCCUCGCGGAUGCGCAAGCCAUCCAGGAACGACUGAUACCCGGCCAGCAACACCCUGGUCAGCAGCCACCCUUUCAGCAGUUGCCAACCUGUCCUCCGUUACAGCCCCACCCAGGCCUGCACCAGUCUUCACCUCCACACCCCCAUCACCAGCCUUGGGCACAACUCCACCCGUCACCCCAGAAUACCCCGCAGAAAGUGCCUGUGCGUCAGCAUUCUCCAUCGGAGCCCUUUCUAGAGAAGCCAGUGCCGGAUAUGACUCAGGUCAGCGGACAGAACGCUCAGCUAGUGAAGAGCGACGAUUACCUGCCGUCAAUAGAGCAGCAGCCACAGCAGAAAAAGAAGAAAAAGAAAAACAACCACAUCGCUGCAGGGGAUCCCAGUAAAGGUUUUGGUAAAGAUGACUUCCCUGGUGGGGUUGAUAACCAAGAACUGAGCAGGAACUCACUGGAUGCGUCCCAGGAAGAAACAAAGAAAAGGAAAAGGCCGAAGGUCAAAAAAGAUCCGAAGGAAUUGAAGGAGCCGAGGGAGAAGAAAGAGCCCAAGACCCCAAAAGCCCCGAAGACCCCCAAAGAGCCAAAGGAAAGGAAAGCAAAAACUGUCACGCCAAAACCCAAAUCCAGCAAAAAAUCAAGUAAUAAGAAACCGGAUUCAGAAGCAAGUGCUUUGAAGAAAAAGGUCAACAAAGGAAAAACAGAAGGUUCUGAAAAUUCAGACUUGGACAAAACACCCCCACCAUCCCCUGGCCCUGAAGAAGACGAAGACCCAGGGGUCCAGAAGAGGCGGUCCAGCAGGCAGGUGAAAAGGAAGCGCUACACUGAAGAUUUGGAGUUCAAGAUUUCUGAUGAGGAGGCAGAUGACGCAGAUGCUGCUGGGAGAGACUCCCCAUCCAACACCUCACAGUCAGAGCAGCAGGAAUCUGUUGAUGCAGAAGGCCCAGUGGUGGAGAAGAUUAUGAGCAGUCGCUUAGUGAAAAAGCAGAAGGAAUCUGGCGAGGAAGUAGAAGUUGAGGAAUUUUAUGUGAAAUACAAAAACUUCUCCUAUCUUCAUUGUCAAUGGGCAUCAGUAGAAGAUCUGGAAAAAGACAAGAGGAUUCAGCAAAAGAUAAAACGGUUUAAAUCAAAACAGGGCCAGAGCAAAUUCCUUUCAGAGAUUGAGGAUGAUCUUUUCAAUCCAGAUUAUGUGGAAGUUGACCGGAUAAUGGACUUUGCACGGAGCACAGAUGACCGGGGCGAGCCCGUGACUCACUAUCUGGUAAAGUGGUGCUCACUCCCUUAUGAAGACAGCACAUGGGAGCUGAGGCAGGACCUAGAUCAAGCAAAGAUCGAAGAGUUCGAAAAGCUCAUGUCCAGGGAGCCGGAGACCGAGCGCGUGGAGCGACCUCCUGCUGAUGACUGGAAGAAAUCGGAGAGUUCCAGGGAGUACAAAAACAAUAACAAACUCAGGGAAUACCAGUUGGAGGGAGUAAACUGGCUACUUUUCAAUUGGUACAACAUGCGAAACUGCAUUUUAGCAGAUGAAAUGGGUUUGGGAAAAACCAUCCAGUCCAUUACAUUUCUCUAUGAGAUAUAUUUGAAAGGAAUCCAUGGCCCUUUUUUAGUCAUUGCCCCGUUGUCCACGAUCCCCAACUGGGAAAGGGAAUUCCGAACCUGGACGGAGUUGAACGUGGUUGUGUAUCACGGGAGCCAAGCUAGUCGUCGGACCAUUCAGUUGUAUGAAAUGUACUUCAAAGAUCCCCAGGGUCGAGUGAUAAAGGGGUCCUAUAAGUUCCACGCCAUCAUCACUACGUUCGAGAUGAUUCUGACCGACUGUCCCGAGCUGCGCAAUAUCCCCUGGCGCUGCGUGGUCAUCGAUGAAGCACACAGGCUGAAGAACAGGAACUGCAAGCUUCUGGAGGGACUGAAGAUGAUGGACUUGGAACACAAAGUGCUGCUGACCGGGACCCCGCUGCAGAACACUGUGGAGGAGCUCUUUAGCCUGCUUCAUUUCCUGGAGCCAAGUCGCUUCCCUUCAGAAACAACCUUCAUGCAGGAAUUUGGCGAUCUGAAAACAGAAGAGCAGGUGCAAAAACUACAGGCUAUUCUAAAGCCGAUGAUGUUGAGACGCCUGAAAGAGGAUGUAGAAAAGAACUUGGCCCCCAAAGAAGAGACCAUUAUUGAAGUUGAGCUAACAAACAUUCAGAAGAAGUAUUACCGAGCCAUCCUUGAGAAGAAUUUUACAUUUCUUUCCAAAGGUGGUGGACAAGCUAACGUACCUAACCUUUUAAACACUAUGAUGGAACUCAGAAAGUGCUGCAAUCAUCCUUACCUAAUCAAUGGUGCUGAAGAGAAAAUUCUGGAAGAGUUCAAAGACGCGCACAACGCAGAUUCUCCAGAUUUCCAGCUCCAGGCAAUGAUCCAGGCGGCCGGCAAGCUGGUUCUGAUUGACAAGCUGCUGCCAAAGCUGAAGGCUGGUGGCCACAGGGUGCUCAUCUUUUCCCAGAUGGUGCGCUGCCUGGACAUCCUGGAAGACUAUCUCAUCCAGAGACGGUACCCGUACGAAAGAAUUGAUGGCCGAGUCAGAGGCAACCUCCGCCAGGCAGCUAUUGACAGAUUCUCCAAACCUGAUUCUGAUAGGUUUGUUUUCCUCCUGUGCACACGGGCAGGAGGGCUAGGCAUUAAUCUUACCGCUGCUGACACCUGCAUCAUCUUCGACUCAGACUGGAAUCCCCAGAAUGACCUCCAGGCUCAAGCUAGAUGCCACAGAAUAGGGCAGAGCAAAUCCGUGAAAAUCUACAGGCUGAUCACCAGGAACUCCUAUGAAAGGGAGAUGUUUGACAAGGCUAGCCUGAAGCUGGGUCUGGAUAAAGCCGUGUUGCAGUCAAUGAGUGGAAGAGAAAAUGCCACCAAUGGGGUACAACAGCUGUCCAAGAAGGAAAUAGAAGACCUCCUACGAAAGGGGGCUUAUGGUGCACUUAUGGAUGAAGAAGAUGAAGGGUCUAAGUUUUGUGAAGAAGAUAUUGACCAGAUUCUCCUUCGUCGAACCCACACUAUUACCAUUGAGUCCGAAGGAAAAGGUUCCACAUUCGCGAAGGCCAGUUUUGUUGCAUCUGGAAAUAGGACGGACAUUUCUUUGGAUGACCCAAAUUUCUGGCAGAAGUGGGCUAAGAAGGCUGAAUUGGACAUCGAUGCCUUAAACGGGAGGAACAACCUGGUUAUCGACACCCCGAGAGUGAGGAAGCAGACCCGGCUCUACAGCGCGGUGAAGGAGGAUGAGCUCAUGGAGUUCUCCGACCUGGAAAGUGACUCUGAAGAGAAGCCUUGCAUAAAGCCUCGGCGGCCCCAGGAUAAGACUCAGGGCUAUGCCCGGAGCGAGUGCUUCAGGGUGGAGAAGAAUCUGCUGGUGUAUGGCUGGGGCCGCUGGACAGAUAUCCUGUCCCACGGACGCUACAAACGUCAGCUCACGGAGCACGAUGUAGAAACCAUCUGCAGAGCCAUCCUGGUGUACUGUCUGAAUCACUACCGAGGGGACGAGAACAUCAAGAGCUUUAUCUGGGACCUGAUCACUCCCACGGCCGAUGGCCAGACUCGAGCCCUGCUCAAUCAUUCCGGUCUGUCGGCCCCCGUGCCAAGGGGCCGGAAGGGGAAGAAGGUGAAGGCCCAGAGUAUGCAGCCCGUGGUACAGGAUGCCGAUUGGCUGGCGAGCUGCAACCCAGAUGCCCUGUUCCAGGAGGACAGCUACAAGAAGCACCUGAAGCACCACUGCAACAAGGUCCUGCUGCGUGUCCGCAUGCUGUACUACCUAAGACAAGAAGUGAUAGGAGACCAGGCAGAGAAGAUCCUCGAGGGCGCUGACUCAAGUGAGGCCGACGUGUGGAUUCCUGAGCCAUUUCAUGCGGAAGUUCCUGCAGACUGGUGGGAUAAGGAAGCAGAUAAAUCCCUCUUAAUUGGAGUGUUUAAACAUGGCUAUGAGAAGUACAAUUCCAUGAGAGCUGACCCCGCACUCUGCUUCCUGGAACGAGUCGGUAUGCCUGAUGCCAAGGCCAUCGCUGCCGAGCAAAGAGGGACAGACAUGCUAGCAGAUGGUGGUGACGGUGGGGAAUUUGAUAGAGAAGAUGAAGAUCCGGAAUACAAACCAACGAGAGCGCCAUUCAAAGAUGAAAUAGACGAAUUUGCAAAUUCUCCCCCAGAGGACAAGGAAGACUCCAUGGAGGCCCAGAGCACAGGCAAGCACAGUGAGAGCAAUGCUGAGUUAGGUCAACUUUACUGGCCGAACACGUCAAGCCUGACUACGCGUCUGCGCCGGCUCAUUACUGCCUAUCAGCGCAGCUAUAAAAGGCAACAAAUGAGGCAGGAGGCCCUAAUGAAGACGGACCGGCGCAGACGGAGGCCUCGGGAGGAAGUGAGAGCGCUGGAGGCGGAAAGGGAAGCUAUUAUAUCUGAGAAAAGGCAAAAGUGGACAAGGAGAGAGGAAGCUGACUUUUACCGUGUGGUAUCCACCUUUGGGGUUAUUUUUGACCCAGUGAAGCAGCAGUUUGAUUGGAACCAAUUCCGAGCCUUUGCCAGACUAGACAAAAAGUCCGAUGAGAGUCUGGAGAAGUAUUUCAGCUGCUUCGUGGCCAUGUGCAGGCGGGUAUGUCGGAUGCCUGCCAAGCCCGAGGACGAGCCACCAGACCUCGCCUCCCUUAUCGAACCCAUCACAGAGGAGCGUGCAUCCAGGACGCUGUACCGCAUUGAACUGCUUCGCAAAAUCCGAGAGCAGGUCCUUCAUCACCCACAACUGAGCGACAGGCUGAAGCUCUGCCAGCCCAGCCUAGACCUGCCGGAGUGGUGGGAGUGCGGACGGCAUGACAGGGACCUGCUGGUGGGUGCUGCUAAGCACGGGGUCAGCCGGACAGACUACCACAUUCUCAAUGACCCUGAGUUGUCCUUCUUAGAUGCACACAAAAGCUUUGCUCAGAACCGUGGGGCCAGUACCGUCCCUUCUUUGAAUACUCUGGCCAUGGGCUUUGGCCAGGCUCCUCCAGUCAUUGCCUCUGCUCAUGCUCAUGAAGAAAAGGUAAUGGAACAGGCCGAAGGCAAGGCAGAGGAGUGCGAACACUCACCGGCCAAAGAGAGGUCGGAUGGGAAAGAGGAGGAAGAAGAAGCUGGUGGGGCCAAGGACAGCAGGCAGGAGUGUGAGGCCGAGGCCAGCUCUGUGAAGGGCGAACUCAAAGGGGUGGAGGGCAGUGGAGACCCUGGGUCCAAGUCUGUCUCAGAGAAAGGCUCAGAAGAGGAUGAGGAAGAAAAGCUGGAGGACGACGAUAAGUCGGAGGAGUCAUCGCAGCCAGAAGGAGCUGUCUCGAGAGGGAAGACUUUCGAUGAAGAAAGUAAUGCUUCUAUGAGCACUGCUAGAGAUGAAACCCGAGAUGGAUUCUACAUGGAGGACGGAGAUCCUUCGGUGGCUCAGCUCCUUCACGAAAGGACAUUUGCCUUCUCCUUUUGGCCCAAGGACAGAGUAAUGAUAAACCGAUUAGACAACAUCUGUGAAGCUGUACUGAAAGGCAAAUGGCCAAUAAACCGGCGCCAGAUGUUUGAUUUCCAGGGCCUCGUCCCUGGUUACCCACCCUCCACCGUGGACAGUCCCCUGCAGAAGAGGAGCUUUGCCGAGCUCUCCAUGGUCAGCCAGGCCAGUGUCAGCGCAAGUGAGGACAUCACCACAUCUCCUCAGCUGUCCAAGGAUGACGCCCUCAACCUGUCUGUCCCUCGCCAGCGGCGGCGGAGAAGGAGGAAAGUUGAAAUCGAGGCUGAAAGAGCCGCCAAGAGGCGUAAUCUUAUGGAGAUGGUGGCCCAGCUUCGAGAGUCUCAGGUGGUCUCAGAAAAUGGACAAGAGAAAGUCGUGGACUUAUCAAAGGCCUCGAGAGAGGCAACAAGUUCUACCUCAAAUUUUUCAUCUCUUACUUCAAAGUUUAUCUUGCCUAAUGUCUCCACACCAGUGUCUGAUGCCUUUAAGACUCAAAUGGAGCUGCUCCAAGCAGGCCUUUCGCGCACACCCACGAGGCACGUGCUCAACGGCUCCCUGGUGGACGGAGAGCCCCCCAUGAAGAGGAGGCGAGGCAGGAGGAAAAACGUGGAGGGCCUCGACCUACUUUUCAUGAGCCACAAACGGACGCCAUUAAGUGCAGAGGAUGCUGAGGUGACCAAAGCUUUUGAAGAAGAUAUAGAGACUCCACCAAUAAGAAACAUUCCUUCUCCCGGACAGCUGGACCCCGACACCCGGAUCCCUGUGAUAAACCUUGAAGACGGGACUAGGCUGGUGGGAGAAGAGGCUCCUAAAAACAAGGACUUGGUUGAUUGGCUGAAGCUGCACCCUAUGUACACCGUCGACAUGCCAAGUUAUGUACCAAAGAAUGCAGACGUGCUCUUUUCCCCGUUUCAGAAACCGAAACAGAAACGGCAUAGAUGUCGGAAUCCUAAUAAAUUGGACAUAAACACCUUGACAGGGGAAGAAAGAGUUCCUGUGGUUAACAAACGAAAUGGGAAGAAGAUGGGCGGAGCCAUGGCCCCUCCGAUGAAGGACCUGCCCAGGUGGCUGGAGGAGAACCCUGAGUUUGCAGUCGCUCCAGACUGGACCGAUAUCGUCAAGCAAUCUGGUUUUGUUCCCGAGUCAAUGUUUGACCGGCUCCUCACUGGACCUGUGGUGCGGGGAGAAGGAGCCAGCAGGAGAGGACGGAGGCCCAAGAGCGAGAUCGCCCGAGCAGCUGCAGCGGCUGCUGCUGUCGCCUCUACUUCAGGGAUCAACCCUCUAUUGGUGAACAGCCUGUUUGCUGGGAUGGACCUGACGAGCCUUCAGAAUCUCCAGAACCUCCAGUCCCUCCAGCUGGCAGGGCUCAUGGGCUUCCCUCCAGGACUGGCCACUGCUGCCACCGCCGGAGGCGAUGCGAAGGGCCCCGCCGCAGUGCUGCCCCUGAUGCUGCCGGGGAUGGCGGGCCUGCCCAACGUGUUCGGCCUGGGCGGGCUGCUGAACAACCCCCUCUCAGCUGCUACUGGAAACACCACUACUGCUUCGAGUCAAGGAGAGCCAGAGGACGGCACUUCAAAAGCGGAAGAGAAAGGAAACGACAAUGAAGACGAGAACCGAGACUCUGAGAAAAGCACAGACGCCGUUUCGGCUGCUGACUCUGCGAACGGAUCUGUUGGUGCUGCUACUGCCCCGGCUGCAUUGCCCUCCAACCCGCUGGCCUUCAACCCUUUCCUCCUGUCCACCAUGGCCCCAGGCCUCUUCUACCCAUCCAUGUUUCUACCUCCAGGACUGGGGGGAUUGACACUGCCUGGCUUCCCAGCACUGGCGGGACUCCAAAACGCCGUGGGCGCCAGCGAAGAGAAGGCUGCUGACAAGGCCGAGGGAGGCCCCUGUAAAGACGGAGAGACCCUGGAAGGCAGCGACGCCGAGGAGAACCUGGACAAGACUAUAGAGUCCUCCAUCUUGGAAGACGAGGUUGCACAGGGUGAAGAGCUGGACUCCCUCGAAGGCGGGGACGAGAUAGAAAACAACGGAAAUGACGAAUAGCAGCAGCAGUUCCACUGAAAGUGUUGAAAACUGUUGACAGGUGGUAGUCCUACUGUUUACACUCACAGUUAAUGUUCAUACCUAGUUUUAUAAGCUGUUCUGUAACAUAGUGUAGCAAAAAGGAAAAAAAAAAGGAAAAAAAAAAGAAAGGAAAAAAGUCCAAGUCAUGUUAUGCAGGUGCGUCCGGAGGUAUCUUGGUCAUUAAGUAUUCUGCAGUGCAUUAUUUAUUAUGCCUAGGAAGGAUGAAAUUUGAGAGGUGAUCAUGUCUCUUUAAGGAAACUUACAUAAUGCUCUGCUCUUUUCUCCUUUGGGUACCACUGGUAUUAUAAUAAAAAACAAUUUGUAACCGAGCGGCACGAGCGGAAGGAAGUGCUGCUCAGAGGAAGUAUGAAGUUAUAUAUUUAAUUUUUUAAUUUUAAUUUCUUUUUUGCUGUGAAGGUCAAGAUGAAAUUCACCGUACAUAUCAUAACCUUGCUCGUUCGCCUCCCUUUCCUGACUUUAUGGGGGUUCCCACCUUUUUCGCAUACACACAUCCACACACUCUGACAAUCUCCACGUUAGUGUGAACGCCUCCCGCCCCGAGGCGCAGCAAUAAUAAGGCAGCUGUUGAAUGUGAAGGGUCCCUUUGGAAAACUAACCUUCUGGGAGGGUUCUCGCCAGACAACUGCAGUUCCAUUGGCUUGUGGUCUUGUGAUGCACUGGUAUAAACAAAAAUAAAGAGAAGAGUAAAUAGAAGACUGAGAGAAGUGAGAAUCAGGUACCUUUUUUUUUUUUUUUUUUUUUUAAAUUAAAGGACUUUGUUACUUUAGCCACAAAGCUAAAACAGCAUUACCUCAGCUCUAAACUAGCCUUGAAGUUUACAGACAGGACUUUGUAAAUGUUUUUCUUUGUUGUGAUGUCCUUUUAUUUUUCUCUCUCUCUGAAAACUGCUAUCAUGUAAGAUAAAAUGUACAUUUCUGCCAACUGUAGUAAUGAUGCUUUUAAUAAAAGUGACCCAUGAUACGCAGAGAUGUAGUUAUAGAAUGCAGUGUAUAGGGGAACCGGUGUUCACUUUUUUUUUUUUUUUUUUUUUUUUAUUCGCAAUAGCUGCAGAUACAGCGUUCUGGCUUUCGUGCUUUGCUCACUCUGUCCCCUCGUGCUAGAUUAGCUGUUAGUGACCCGCACUAGCCAUCUUCAAGACCAGAUGGGGAGGGAAACCUUGAAUUACCACCUUCAUGUAAUUCCACGCCAGAUAUCUCAGCAGACACACACAUACACAGACCUCUUACUGCUCCCCUGAAAGGGCAUCUGAGAGAAGGAAUCCCGAAAAUGUGUGCAGCCUGUGAUAAUGGGGCACACCGUAGACAAAAGGGCAGGAGAAAAACGAGGCUUUAAUAAGCACACUAUCUAGGUCAUUUAUCCUUGGAUAAUGGGAGAAAAGCACGAUGUCGUAGUGUCAGCAAGGGACACAAAGGCAUUGUGGUAUCCUGCCGCCCAGAGCUUGAUGUCAGCAGCCAGUGUGUGGAGAGACCCACACGGAACUAAAAUGGACCCACUUUUGUGUGUGUGUGUGUGUGUGUGUGUGUGUUGUGUGUACACGUACCCACGCAUGCACAUUCACCCAGUCUCAAGAGCUACUAGAUUAUUAUACCCUUCGUUUUUUGCGAUAAGAUUUAAAUUAUAAGACCUAUUUUCCCUGUCAUCCGAGCAAACCCUAUUCUAUCUAAACAAGAAGUGAAUGCAUAAGGAUAGAACUGAGCGUGUCUUUUACCCUCCUACUCCCCCUCUACACGCCAGUGCACACACAGGUUAUCCUUUACAUGGGGUAGGUCAGUCUAUCUAAAUUCCUUUUGGGCGUCGAGAUUCCAGCUGACUUGUGUAUCCAAGAUGAAAAUAUGCCCGUAUGUCUGGAAGAGGAAGAGCAGCUUGACGCUACCAGAGUGGCUGAAUCUUGAAAGUUAACCAGCCUGUGCUCGGUAAGCAAGUGCCUUGGAAUGCCUUCUGAAAUGGCGUCCUUUGACUGUGGGAGCGAAACUAGAUCUGCACAAAGCAGAGACCUUAAAUGUUUUCCUGAAAGACUUCAGUAGGGAGACCUCGUCUAAUAAAAUGCAUUAUGAAAGGGUC